AUUUGACUUCCUGUUAAAAAUACCUCCACUUAUCAAACUUUCAUAUAGCCUGCUGGGCAAAAAUAGGCAAUUUCCGUGCUUGACCCGAAGUGCAGCAGAGCAGCGAAAAUGAAGAAGAGGGUAAUUGCAGUGUUGUUGUUGGUCGCGGCGGCAGUGGCGGUGGCGUUAGCGGAGGGCGAGGGCGAUGGCGAUCUGGUGGCAGAGCUAGUGAAAAUGCAGGAACAGUCAGCGGGGGGCGUAAUCCAUCUGGAUGAUGCGUCGUUGCAGCGCUAUGCGGCGAGGGCGAAAUCUCGAUCGUACUCGCUGUUCAUCUUCUUCGACGCAGUGCAGAUGAGGGACAAUGCGGAGUUGCGGUUGCAGGACAUGCGUGCUGAGUUCCAACUGAUGGCCUCCUCCUUCAUCCAGAGCAACCCUGGUCUCACAAAGCUCUUUUUCUGCGACCUCGAAUUCAAGGAAUCGCAGGCGAGCUUCGUUCUCAUGGGCGUCAAUUCGCUGCCUCAUAUCCGUCUUGUGGGUCCGGGCAACGCUAAUCUGAAGGACUCUCCCGCGAUGGACAUGUCGAGAGGGGGCACGGCCGAGAGCAUGGCUGCCUUUGUGGAAGGGCAGACUGGCUUGCGUGUUGGGGAGAUCGAACGCCCCUCUCCUGUUUCCAAAAAGCAGCUUCUUUUUGUGGGUGGUGUUGUGCUGGUGGCCGCCCCCUAUGUGGUCAAGAGGCUUCUCACGCAACAAACCCCUUUUCACGACCCUAAGCUUUGGCUCGCCUUCUCCAUUUUCGUCUAUUUUUUCAGCGUAUCUGGAGCUAUGUAUAACAUUAUUCGAAAGAUGCCGCUGUUUAUGGCAGACAGGAAUGAUCCCUCCAAAUUGGUCUUCUUUUACCAGGGAUCGGGCAUGCAGCUGGGUGCCGAGGGUUUUGCCGUGGGGUUUUUGUACACCGUGGUGGGCUUGGUUUUGGCUUUCGUCACUCAUUUUCUGGUUUAUGUGAGGAGUCAGAACAUGCAACGCUUGCUCAUGUUGCUGGCCAUGGCGCUCUCCUACUGGGCUGUCAAACGGGUCAUUUCUCUCGACAAUUGGAAGACAGGUUAUGCCAUUCAUGGAUUUUGGCCCUCUGCCUAAUUUAUCAUCUCCCGUUUUUGGGUUUUUUUCCUUCACCUAGGAUCUAUGCUAGAUCUUUGAUGUUUCUUACAGAAUUUUCGAUUGUGUCGAUGCCAUGAAUUUAAAUGUUCUUUUUCCUUAAAAAUACUUCAUACUUAGAAUUUGACGACUUUUAGCAUAAUUAAAACUGUUCUUGCCUGAAAUGCUAAGCAGUUUUCCUAAACAAUAAGUUAAUGGACUGCUUUAUUUUCUUAGUCUCAGGUGGUUCGAGUUAGUUUUUAAUUAUUGGAUAUCUUAUUCUAAAGUAGGGAGCAGAUAUAGUUUAGGAUCUCAAAAUUUAGCUGAAUGUGGACAAGGGGUGGUAAUUUCAGGCCCGCUGCUUAAUAGAAAUUUGUCACAAACUGCA